AAUGUUUCACUGGACAUCCCACUGAUCUCAUUUUCUGCCUGAGGAAGUGUCCGAUAGAAGGGCCCAUUCACCAUGGCGGCACAGCCAGCCGUAAGCCAAGGAUCUACUCUUUUUGACUCAGACAACGAGGAUGGACGGGUUUUCAAGGUAAACACGAAGUACGCCAAAGAGUACGAGUCCCGGAAACAAAAAGAGGAGUUGAGGCGAGUGCAGUUUCAAGGUGAUGAUGACGAUGGCGAGAGUACUGACUCUUCUGAAGACGAAGACGCAGAACUCCUUACUGCCAAGCUGGACACGAAUAUAAUAAAGACGAUUAAUAUACUGCGAAGCAAAGACUCUCGUAUUUACGACCCUUCCGUAAAUUUCUUCGACAACGCAGAAGACAGUGAAGAGGACUCACUGCCUACGAAAGAGUCAAAGUCGAAACCGAAGCGCUACAAGGAUGUUGUCAGAGAACAGAUAUUGAAACAAAUGGACGAAGAUGUGCCAAUUGGAGAAGAAAACGAUAAUGAUUACGGGGUUCUGGCAUCCGACGAAGCGAAAUCUCGACUCGCCUACGACAAUCGCCAGCAAGAACUACGAAAAGCCUUCGUCGACUCCACGACCGGCAAAAAGGGCUAUGGCAUCGAUGACGACGGAGAAGAUAGCGACGAUGAUUCGGAUACCUUCUUAGUUGUUAAGAAAGUUAGCAAAGGAAUUACGGAAGACGAAGAUACCGCAGAAGCCCGUCAGGAAUUUUUACAAGAGAUGGAAAAGCUUGAAAAGACGGCGCGCGACGACAACCGCGAUUUCGUCGACCCAAAAGGCGAAGUAAAAGACGGCGAACGCUUUUUGCUUGAUUUUUUCAAGCGACGUAAUUGGCUAGAGAGAGAUAAUGGAGAUAGCGGGCCGGACGGAAAUAGCAUAAAGGGCAUUCAACCCCCCAGACCGAUUGCGGGCGAUGGAAACGAAUCAGAGAACUCACUGGAACAGCUGCACAAGACGGACGACUUUGAAGCGCAGUAUAACUUCAGAUUUGAAGAAGCUGCAGCGAAAUCACAGUCAGGUGCGGAUUUCUCAAUCAUCGGUUACGCCCGCGGGCAAACAAUGAAUACGCUCCGUCGUAAAGACGAAAGUCGUAGAGAUAAAAGAUUGAGUCGUAAAGAUCGCAAAGUAGCUGAUCGAACAGCCAAAGAAGAGCAGCUGAAGCGCCUGAAAAAUGCCAAGAGACAAGAAAUGGAAGGAAAAUUGAAGCAAGUUAAGUCAGUUCUUGGUGAGGUUGAAAAUCGUGGCGAAGCAGUGGACGAGGCUGCAAUUCUGAAAUUGCUCGAGGGUGAUUUUGAUCCUGAAGAAUUUGAGGUACUGAUGGAGAAAACGUACGGCGAAGAUUUUUACGGAAAAGAAGAUUCGGAAUGGCAGAAUGAUAAGGACGUGCGGGAGUCCUUAAAGCACGAUGAGGACGGCGACCUUCUCGUUGGCGAGGGUGACUCCGACGGUGGCUUAUACGAUAACGUCGAAGAGGAUACCGAAAGCUACAAAGAUGGUCACGAAACGCCGGCCGAUGAAAACGACGAAGAAGGAUGGCCAGAGGAAGAAGAAGUUAGAGAAGAAAUAGAAGAGACAGAGCUGGAAAGAACUGUGAAAUUAAAAGUGGAAAACGAGCUAUACAAACUGGACUACGAAGACAUUGUUGCAGAUAUUCCCACUCGAUUUAAGUACCGUCAGGUUGAAGCCAAUAAUUUUGGGCUCUCUACGGAAGAGAUUCUGCUAGCCCGGGAUACCACGUUGAAGCAGUUUGUUUCUCUGAAAAAACUGGCGCCUUAUAACGAAGCCGGUGAGCAUUUUGUGGGCAGUAGGAAACGGAGACGAUUCCGCGAUUUGCUCAAGCAAGAGUUGGAAGAGACCGUAAAAAGCUCCAAAGCUGUGGCGGAAGAAGGCGCCGACGAACCGGCAAUGGAGGAUCGAACGCAAACGAAAAAACGUCGCCGCCUGAAGAAAGGAAAGAAGGCUGAAAACGUACCUGGAGAUGCUACCGGUACGGCCAAUUCUGACAUUUUGGAAAGAUCGGAGGAGACCGACGAGGGGCCGAAAACGAAGCGGCGGCGAAGAAAGAAGCUGAAAAAAGAAGAACUAACCGAUGGCAAUCUCGAGAAGACGGAGAAAAAGACGAACAAGCAUAGUAUCAAGGCAAGGCUUGAGUCCGAAGCUCAAGAAGAAAACAAGGUUGAUAAACGAAAUCACCACACCAAGAAGCCAAGGCACAAGAAAAAAAAGUCCGGGAUUGAAGGAGUAUCGCAUUCUCGACUUGAAUCGUAUGGGCUAUAGAUUUGUAAAUCUAGACGACCUGUCUUUACAGUU